ACAAUCACAGCUUUUUCAGGAAGAUCCGAGAUGCCAUUACAGCAAAAACCACUGUAUAAUUACCGAUAUGUCAUUUUUGUAUCAUGGGCCUUUUGUCCCUCUCAUAUAUAAAAUACUCUCUAUCCCCACUCUCUCGUCCCUUGUUUCUGCUUAGAAGUAUCUUAACCCAACUUAUCAGUAUGGCCGCAACAACACGUCAUGUACCAAUAAUGCCGCAGCCACAUAUAUCUUCAAUUCAGAAUAUAAGAAAUGAAGGCAAGGUGAAGAAUGCUUACAUUUCCGAGAAGCUGAUGGCGCGAUCCAACUCCAUUGCUUCGAAUUCAAGCAGUAACUCAGCCCAUUCCAAACCUAUAUCACCCAGCCUUGAAUAUAAGGCAUCACCAAGAGAUAACGCUCCCAUGUUUCCUUCAUCAAAGUUGUCAUAUGGUUCCAUACCAGGAGCGGCUGCCUCAGAUCGGCAAUCUGUUGGUUCCUUAGUGGAAGAUGACCAAUAUACCCCACCCACACCACCUCACACGACCAUCGCACCCAAUGACAAUGACGAGGGCAUCUAUUUGCUAUGGACACAACACAUGUUGCGCCAGAAAGGCUUUCGUCCUUCAUCCUACAACCUGAACGAUGACGAUAGUGACAGCGACAGUACCAACAGCAGUUUGACGGAUGAUGAUGUUGAAGAUGACCGACCGCUACCCACCAUGCCGUCCUAUCACACUAUCCCCCCAAGUCAAGAGGCGACACCUGAUAUUGUCGCUAAGGAGGUCAAUGGAUGGAUGGUUGUUCCAUUUUGUGGCUUCUGCUUCAUGUGAGAGCUGUUAUGGUUCAAAGCUGCGCGAUGAAACGUCUUGGUUUAGCCCUUGGGAAACGUAACAGCCUUGUACAAAACAAACAUCAUGUUUG